AUGCGGACCCGGACGGCUGCUCGGCUCCCUCGCUCGCUGUACUCGUCGCUGCAAGGCGUUGCAAGCUUCCGUGCAGGCCAGCUCACGACGCUCAACUCGCCGCCGGGGCCCAGUGAAGACGACGGAGCGAGUGCCCGCAGCGCUGCAGAUCCAGUCGAUGACGCGCAGGCCCGUGGCCCUCGGACGCCGCUGCCUGCCAAUCGCUCUGGUGGCAAUGCGACUCCCACUGCGCAGCCAGGGCAGCCACUUCGCGUCGCAAGCACGCUGCAGCGCAGAUCGCUCAUCCGAGCUGACUUGUCGGACGCAGAGAGACCAGAGUAUGGCGGCUUUUACAAUCUCGAGUUCACUCCCGGCGGCGAGUGUCUGGUGGCAACGGCGUCGAAUGGCGCGUUUCUGCUGCUCGAUCCGCGGACGUACUCGGAAGUCGGUCGUGUGAGCAACGCUCAUGGAGGCGAAGGCGUCAAUGUUGUUCGCUUUUUGAACGAGCGCGUAUUCGCCACGGGCGGCGACGACUUUUCAGUCAAAUUGUGGGAUUUGCGAAAGUGCUGCCGCUCCACGUCCUCGCAGCCCAAUGAGGCGCGUUUCGUCCAGACUGCAACCACACCGGCAGCCUCACUGAUGGACAGGGUGACGCCACUGCAAGAGCUCCGAGGCCAUCAUGGCUGGGUCAAGAAUGUCGAGAUUGCGCGCGACGGACGUCUUGUCACUGCCGGCAUGGACAACACCAUCCGAUUGUGGAGCGUGCAUCAGCAAACGCAUGGUGUGGCGGCAAGUUUUGAAAUCAAUCAGAGGCCAGCAGCCCUGUUUACGCCGGUACGGCGCAAUGUGCCAUCGCCAGCAACAAUCACUCCCGUUAGGACACCACACCCAGUUGAUGCUGCGCAACAGCAAAUCAAUGAGCUGCUCAACGCGUUGCCCGCCGAUAG